AUUGAUGCAGAGAUAUUUGAUCUAGGUUGCCUUGGCCCUGCGGUAAGUAUUUAUAAUAAUUAACUUAUCUUUUAUGGUGCAUAAAGAAACGCCAGUUUGUAAGGUCCCUCGGUUAAUUGUUUUUCGGUGACUUGGCGGUCUUUUCCAUACUCCUUAAAUUUCUUAAGCCGAUAUUCUAUUUCUUUUUCAGCUUGCCAUUAUAGUCCUCUUGGCGUUUCUGAAGCGCCGGAAAAAUUUAAUGCUUGGAUGCUGCGGUGGAUAUCCAGGGCUCGUUAUGUAAGUCCCUCUCCGUCAGCAAUCGGUGUACUGAAUGUCUUGUUUCUUCUCAUCCCUGACCAAGAUUUGAGAGAAAUUUGUAAGCUAAGUAAAAUACUUCAAAGCUAAGGUUUUUACUCUCAGUGUUGAAAAUUUGAGAUGUUAUCAAUACGCUGUAAAUUUACUACAAAGUGUUUCAAAACGGAAACUGGUGUUAUGGACGGCGCCAUUUUGUCAGCAUAAGAUUACUUGGGCGAAGCGUUGCAAUGAAAUGAUGCUUACUAUUUCAAGAAAAAUUUAAAGAUAGUAACGUUAACUUGUUAUUUUAUACUGACAUCUUUUCCUAUUUUUCUACUUACCAAUAAAUGAAAUCCCAGUAAAGAACACAAGAAAAGGCUUAAGAAGUUUGACCCCGGUGGAUUAUUAGAGCCAGCCUCAUGAAGUUCACUAACUGUAGUCAACAGCGUACAGUCAAGCUCUAAAUCUAUAAAUUGGUCUUUUUUUUCUUAGACCGUUUAACUUUCUAAGAGGGUUUAGGAACAGAUUUACCAUUGCUGCUACAUUUGGAGCUACAGCCAGUACAUGCCUGGAACUUUUCACGAAGGGACAAACUUUGUUUCAUAUUUUGGGUGAUACGCCUUGGUUGAGAGGUAAAGAAAAUACUUUUUAUUCUACCUGUAAGUAUCAUUUGCUAGGUCCCUCAAGGACCUCUAGCCUUCGUGUUAUACACACAGGCAACUAAGGGUAAAUAAAGGUUAUUAAUUAUCAUGACUUAUUAUCAAGUUUUUGCACAUUUGCGUUCAGUUUUUCAGGGACUUUUUGCAGUACUUAUCUAUGGAAUAUUGUUCUAUCCAUUUUUCGCCUGCCUAACAACUGAUAAUAAGCUGCUAGGAUCAAUUUUGGGGCUCCUUUAUGGUGCUGUCAGGUUAGUAAAAAUUAAUAGUAAAAAUCUGAGCAUUUAAUGAUGUGCGAUCGAGAAAUACUGUCAUGUAACGCAAACAUCUCGCUUACGUUUUUUAAUAUCUAAUUUGGAAAACUGCCGUUCUGUUAUUUUCACACUACUUCCAUGCAAGUGCAAAAUUUAUAAUUGGCUAGUUACGUCUUCAUAAUCUAUGGAUGUUUUGCAUGUUUAUCGCCUCCAGAUGACUUCCUUUUUGAUAGCCUUCCAAUAAAGUCGUAUGCGUUUGGCUGCUCAUUCGACAAGAAUUGUGUAUCAACUGCAGCCACAUAAGCGUCCAGUCCUCGACAAGAUGUUUUUUGUGGGUGUCAAAGAGUCUCUCACUAAAAAUCAUUACCGUAGAACAGUUUACUUGACGUCGGUAGAAAGUUCCUUUCGCAUGAUGUGAUCCAGUCAAAUCCGGUUCAGGGACCAAAGUAAAGGGAAAUGUUGAAAAAAUGAAAAGGGAGAAAAGCAAUCUAUUCUUUAUAACUCUACAAGAACCUUUUUGUAAUGGUAAAGGUACCAAGCAGUGACUUCACAUGAAACAGCAAUAUCCUGGUGAUAUAGCCCCCUUAAGGUGAUGUUACACGGUACGAUUCGCAACGACGGAGUUCGGUCGUUUCGAUACAAAGUCGUUCCGAUGCAAGUCGUUUCGAUACGAACUCAAGAAGUGAUAUUGCACAAAAAUUUCGAUCACUUUAAGUAUAAAGUUUGCAGGUGAACAUGAAAAACAUUUUGGGUGAAUAUUCUUCGUUCUUUAAGCCAAGUACGUGGACCUAUUUACACCUAAACUGGAUAAACUUGUAUAUCGAAACGACCGUAACCCGCAACGACGAUUUUUAGCAACGCAUGCAGCGUUGCAAUGUCGGAACAAUGUUGGAACCAUUCAAAACAAUGUCGCAACAAUGUUGCGACGCUGUGUUGCGCUAAAAAUCGUUGUUGCGAAUCGUCUCGUGUAACAUCACCUUAAUUCGUCCCGUUCCUACCGAUACGAGAUCGUGAGAGGAUUUGACUGUCUUGUUCCUAUGUAAUACCUAAACCUUAACAGAGAAAACUCGAAAAACUUAGAGUCAGUUUGUGGUUCAGCAAACUUACGUUUUGUGUUUGUGUUCCUUUUCUGUUUACAGGUUGAGUGUCAAACUUGCAACUGAAUUCCAGUGCGCAAAUGAUGGCGAUGUGAGUUGUAUU